AUGUCGCUGUUUUCGUCUGACUACUCGCCGUACUAUAAUCUUAUGGGAUUCCCGCUCACAAAGAAUCUCUGGAUCCCUGCUGCCAUAACACGCUCGGUUGAGGGUCUAAACUGGGUAAGUUCUUGCCAGAUUCGAGUGAAACGAAUCAGUCUCUCGUCUUCCUCGAUUAUCGCCCACUCAUGGCCGCUUCGGCGCUCCGUUUGGCUGCGUACACAACGCCUUGUUCGGCAGUUUAACUGCGUAUCAGAUGCGGCUGGCACACAUCGAUUCGCGGCGGCGCGCGUUAUGGCCACACAGAGCUCAUCAUUAUGCACCCACGGCAAGAUGAGGAGAGGCACACUGCAGAGGAGGCAGGCUGGCUGGUCGGUCGGUUCGUCGUCGUCGUCGUCGUCGUCGUGGUCGGUUAGCGGGUCAUUCGGCCAAGACCAAGAGUUCGUGGCUCUUCAUCCGCCUGUCAUCAUGAUCCUUCCCAUCAGUCUUUCUGUCGCGGACAGCUAG